GUAUGGUUUCCAGCUAAUAACACAUUAGUAUUCUUAUGGAGCAUCUUAGCUUUCAGCAGUAUCACUUUCACUUCGUAAUUUGACUGACAACAUUGCGAAGUUGGAAAUCAUUCAUGAAAGAUUGAGGACUGUGGCUGCUGGCAAUUAGGGCAUCUCGAGUCAUUUGAGUUGGGUUGAACAACGAAAGAGUUAGAUGUGACGAUUAUUAUUUAAAAGGAUUCCUUCAGACACGUUUACUACCUGAGAUCUAGAGAUGGCAGAAUUGAGCACCAUUUCCAUUUUCACAUCGACUCCACCAAGUGGCAGUUCUUCCAACUAUUACCUUUAUAAAGACUUGGACCUGCCACAGCGUGUCAUUCUAGCAAUAAUGCUCCUUAUCACAAGCUUCACCGGAAUCAUCGGAAACUCCAUCGUGAUCCUCGCCAUUGUUCUCUCUCGCAAGCUCAGGUCAACCCUCAACUGGUUUGUCCUGAACCUUGCAUGUGCCGAUCUGUUGACGUCUCUCUACUUGCCCUUCCAUGUCGUAGACUUGCUCGGACGGAUGGGAUGGGUCCAACUGAACUGGUUUCAGCUAGGCUGGCCAUACGUGGCCUGGUUUUACGUCAAUAAGACCUGCGUUGGGGUUAGCCUUACAACCCACGCCUUAAUCGGCUUCACCAGUUGGUAUCGAAUCACAAGAAACCAAGAAAAAUUCAAGAAACUUUACCAGGCUCGAAAUUUAUGCCUCAUGAUUGCAUUCACGUGGGUGUUUAACUUCUCCUCGCUCUGCUUAAUUGCCAGACUAGACGAGGAAAAAAUUGUCUUUGCCAUAGCCUUUUGGGUCUUCGGGCAUUUUGCAAUUGUUGUCACUGUGUACUUAAAACUAUGGAGAUUCAUUGCACACCAAGCGGAAAAGAUAAAGCCAACGAAGAAAGUCGACGGAAAGAUACAGAAUGAAAUGUGCAUGGACACCAUAUGCCCCAAUGGAAACAAAGAUAUCCAACAAGGUGGUUUGGUCAUUGAGAAUACUGUUUUGAGGGCAUCUCAUUCGUCCGAGCAUUUAGAAAGCCAGGACUGCGACAUAUCAAAAGGUGAAAGACUAAAAUCAGGUCAGCCUGAGACCCAUAUGCAUGAUGCGGAGACUUUGACCGUAUCCUCAUCUCUAGAAGAGAUAGAAAGCACAGUUGGCGGAUCUGAUCUAAAAGCGAAAGUACCACGACGUGUCGAGGGAUCGGAAACCAAAUUGCAUGUCAAGAAACAGUCAGAACCUAAAAUUGACAAGAAGCUUCUUGCUGUCACCAAGAUUCUGUUGGUAAUUCUCGUUGCCUUUGUCAUCUGCUUCAUUCCUUAUGCUGUAAGCCUAUGUUUACCGAAAUCUUAUAGUGCACUUCCCUGGCUUUUGGCCCUUCUAUUGUCAAAUAGCUGUAUUAAUCCCAUCAUCUACGCCAGAAGGAUUCGUGCCUUUAGAGAGGUGAUGAUAUGCAUCAUAAGAUGUAGGCUCGGAAGCAUUCCCAUGCCCAUCGACUUGGUAAGGAAAAUGAGAACCACUCGCUGAAACUUGCAACCCCCCAGUGAAACUUAAAGCAAUGACUAUCAUAGCGUGGACAAAUUCCUUAAAAUUAUCCGCGGACAAUUAAGACUCGGAUCAUUUAACCAUAUACAAAUAUAAGGCGGACAAGUUUCCUAAAAUUUCCUCGCGGACAAUUGAAAACUGGAGGCUUUGACCAUGGACAAAAAAAAAAUCCGAUGCAAGGACAGUUAAAUAUCAUGAGCAGCUAUUCCAGAUUGCUGACUGUCUUGAAGCAAUUGUAAUUAAUCGAUUGCUUGGAACAUCCCGCAGUGUGUACCAAAGCAUGUAAAUUGAAGGUGUCGUAGUAUGGUGAUUCAUUCAGCAGUCCAAAGGUUCAGGGUCCGAAUCUCAGCGCUACCAAUUACACUCUCCACCCGGGUGUUAUUGGGUACCUUGUAAUUAAUAUUAAUAAUAAUAAUAGGCAUUUGUAUUGCGCCGUCUACCUAGACAAUACUAUUCCGUGGCGCACAAGAAAAAUAGAAAGAAUGAGAAAGUUAGGACGAAAA